GCCGAGGGAGCGGCAUUCGCCCCCCAAGAUCCCCUUGGAGAUCCCCAAGAUCUCGCCCCCCGAGGUCCCCUUGGAGAAGUCCCUCUAGGCGGACAAGGUGGGGUCACCUCCAGAGGACACCCCAGGAGUCUUCUAAGGACCCUCUUUAACCCCCCGGAGUCGUCCCUACCUCCUGCCUUUCUCUAUUCCCCUCCCAGUCCCGGAGCCCCAAAAGGGGACCCCCGGACCCCACGUCCCCGCGCCUCCGGGCACCUGGCUCAGCCGGAGUCCCCCGGGUCGGGGCAGGGCAGGGCCGGCAGUGGCGAGCCGGCACCCGCCCGGCUCCCGGACCCCAGCGACCCUUCGGAACCCACCGAUGGGGCAGAGGCCCCCCGCGUUUGCUCGCCCGGCCGCGCCCUGCCAGGCGCCCCGAGCCGAGCAGAGGAAGAUCCGGGCGCAGUGACCCCGGAGGAGCCGCCGCAGACGCUGGAAGAAGGCGCGGCGGCCGCGGGAGAAGCAGGCGGGUGUCAGCAGCGCCCGGCGCCUCCAGGCAGCCCUCCGAGUCGCUCCAGAGGCCUGGCCCGCCAUUCACAGCCCCGAGCCAUGAUGAAGACCUUGUCCAGCGGGAACUGCACGCUCAGUGUGCCCGCCAAGAACUCGUACCGUAUGGUGGUGCUGGGCGCCUCGCGCGUAGGCAAGAGCGCCAUCGUCUCCCGCUUCCUCACCGGCCGCUUUGAGGACCAGUACACACCCACCAUCGAGGACUUCCACCGCAAGGUCUACAACAUCCGUGGCGACAUGUACCAGCUGGACAUCCUGGACACUUCGGGCAACCACCCCUUCCCGGCCAUGCGCAGACUCUCCAUUCUCACUGGCGACGUCUUCAUCCUGGUCUUCAGCCUGGACAACCGAGACUCAUUCGACGAAGUGAAGCGGCUGCAGAAGCAGAUCCUGGAGGUGAAGUCGUGCCUGAAGAACAAGACCAAGGAGGCGGCCGAGCUGCCCAUGGUCAUCUGCGGUAACAAGAACGACCAUGGCGAGCUGUGCCGACAGGUGCCAGCCACGGAGGCUGAGCUGCUGGUGUCGGGCGACGAGAACUGCGCCUACUUCGAGGUGUCGGCCAAGAAGAACACCAACGUGGACGAGAUGUUCUACGUUCUCUUCAGCAUGGCCAAGCUGCCCCACGAGAUGAGCCCCGCGCUGCACCGCAAGAUCUCGGUGCAGUACGGCGACUCCUUCCACCCCCGGCCCUUCUGCAUGCGCCGCCUCAAGGACACGGACGCCUACGGCAUGGUGUCACCCUUCGCCCGCCGGCCCAGCGUCAACAGCGACCUCAAGUACAUCAAGGCCAAGGUCCUGCGUGGCGAGGGCCAGGCCCGAGAGCGGGACAAAUGCUCCAUCCAGUGAGCAGAGAGAGAAAGAAGGGGUGGGAGGGAGGCGGCGGCGGUGGGGUUCAGGCAGUGCCUUAAGGAGCAUGAUGCCAGACACACAUACCCCUGCCUGCAUCAGCCCCCAU